AUGGAGUACUUCGACUUCGACGAGGCCUCGUUUGGUUCCCAUUUGAGGGACGACGAUGUGGCUUCCGACGCGAUCGAGCUGGACGAGCACGACGCCGUCGCAAACUUCGACUCCCUUGCUCUAGAACAAGACCUGGAAUUUCCUCAUGACCCCCAAGAGCCGACCCAGAACGUCGCAAAACCACCCGCGCAAGAUGCGCCCGACGCUGCGGCUCUGGAUGGCAUCUACCCCAUGUCUCCCGCCAAAGAGCCCUGCGACUUCUGCCGAAACAUGGGUCUGGAUUGCUUCGUUGCGAAGAGGGGUGUCAUGAUGCAAAAUGGCUGUACCUGCUGCAUUUCCCUCUAUCGGAAGUGCAGCUUCACUCAUGCCAAGAAACCCGGCAAGUUUCUGGACACAUUAGACCCGAUCAACGAGAAUAUCGAUAUCCCGACGGGUGGUUUAACUGGAAUUAAGGUGCUCAAAUCGGUGACUGGAAUCGGGUUCCCUGAAGACACCGACUCCCGGGGAAGGAAGAGCACUUCUCGGCUUUCACGGGACGCGGUUCGAGUUCUGAAGACGUGGCUCCAAGACCAUAGCGACCAUCCCUACCCCAAUGACCGCGAGAAAGAUGAAUUGAAGCAACGCACAGGGCUGAAGCGUACUCAAAUCUGCAAUUGGCUUGCCAACGCUAGACGGCGUGGAAAAGUUCGACCGCCCCCGCGCAGCAGCUCUCCCGUUCCCGGAGCCGUGGAUAUCCCCGGACAGUCACCUUUGGACCUCACACUUAUGACUCCCCUGGAACGUUGGAAGCACUCUCCCCCCGAAAACGAACCUGCUACCAAGACGGAUAUUUUGCGUGCCCUGGUCAACACGUCGCUGGACUCUGUCCGGCACCGAUCGUCCCAGUCGGGUCACGUGCCUUACCCUUCUCGGAAGGCUGGGUCUAGCAAUGACUCAAGCCAUGCCAAUUCUAAUAUGUUUCAUACCCCAUCCAUCAGCAGUCGAGAAACAAGCCGUUCUGCAAGUCGUUCAUCUGUAUCUGACCUAUCCUUUGCGUCUGCCUUUUCCCAUCGCUCCUCCCUUGGGUCAUUUGGCUCAAUGGAUCGAAAAGAGCGCCGUCGUCGUCGCAAACCCUCUCCGUCGGUGAAUACCCUCAAUCAACAGAAAGCCCGAAGUGGUCGUGUCUUUCAAUGUACCUUCUGCGCCGACUCCUUCCAAACAAAGUAUGACUGGCAGCGGCAUGAAAAGUCGCUGCACUUAGCCCUCGAGAAAUGGACCUGCUCGCCCUUUGGAGGCGUGGCUUUUAUAGAUGGAGCCAAUCGUUGUGUCUUCUGUAUGGCAACCAACCCAGACAAUGAUCAUCUAGAAUCGCACAACUACAGUUCCUGCCAGGAGAAGACCCCCGCGGAGCGGACCUUCUACCGAAAGGAUCAUCUCAACCAGCACCUGAGAUUGAUGCAUAACGUUAAAUUCCACUCCUCCAUGGACACCUGGCGAAGUAAUACUUGCGAAAUUCGAUCUCGAUGCGGUUUUUGUGGAACAAUUCUUACCACUUGGAAAGGCCGAACCGAUCAUCUAGCCGCACACUUCAAAAAUGGUGCCGACAUGACCCAAUGGCAAGGUGACUGGGGUUUCGACCCGCUCGUGCAGAGCCUGGUCGAAAACGCCAUGCCACCUUAUCUAAAUGGCGAAGAACGAUAUACUUUAGAUCCUUACACGACCUCACAUAUCAAAGGACGCCCGGCACAGGAUCUCAAUGUACCGACCGAUGCCAAUUGCUUCCAACGACUUCAACGCGAACUCACGGCAUACGUUGAUAGCCAGAGGGCUUCGGGCGUCAUACCAACAGAUCUGAUGCUGCAGGAUGAAGCGCGUCGUAUCGUUUAUGGUACCGAUGACCGCUGGAAUCAGACAUGCGCCGAUAACCCUGUAUGGCUUAGCAUUCUCAAGCGCGACACCGGCAUCGAUAUCGUUCCCGGCUCAGAUCACAUCCAAUUCGCAAAUCUGGGCAUGCGGCCCCCCUUCGCGGCGCAUGGGGGUUUAACUCAAGCUCCACUAGAGACCAACUUAUCGGCAAGAUCCCUGCGUUACCAACGACCUUUUAGCCCAGGCAAUCUUGGAUCUGGCUUCCAGAGCCCAGCAUUACUGGGGACUGGCCAAUCUUCAGUCGCCGCAAGUAUCCCGGGAAGUUCGGCUAAUAGCUAUGCCGGCAGUGCUGGGAUGAUGCCUCCCCCUACACACUCUGGGCUAUCCACCGACUGGGGAAGCAGUUUCUCUGCUGGACCUUCAUCCUUUUCGACAGCUUUGAGUGGGUCAUCUGACCCAUUCAUACAAAUGGGAUUCGACCCGGAAUUCCUCCAACGAUUGAAUGAAAACUAUGACGAACUUGAUUUGGAAGAUCUGCAAGAGUUAGACUAUGAGGGAGGCAGAGGAAAUGGGGGUGGAUUUGAUCCAGGAGAACUAGGAACCAUGCCAUCUGCUAAUCUUGCGUCUGCGCCAAUUGCCAUCCCCAGUCCUCCGAAACAACCCGAUUCUUUGAUGACGGAUGCCGCCCCGCUUGAAGAAUUGGGACUUUCCCAGGGAGUUCAGUAUCCUGGUAGGAGUGGAGUCUGA